AUGGACAAUGGUGGUGAGGCGCUCAGGGAUCGACUUAAGAAGCGCGGUUUCCCCGCAGUGCGUGGAGGCUCUCCCUCCAGUCCGGUCAAUAGAGGCGCAGCAAAGCAUACUGUGGGCAGAAUAACAUAACCGACAAAUACAAGGUAACUAGAAUGAAUAUUUUUUGGCUUACUAGCCAUCAUCAACCAACCGCAUCCAGCAUCAAGAUAUGCAACCACUGAGAGUCAAAAUAGACUACUACUACUACUACUACUACUACUACUACUACUACUACUACUACUACUACUACUACUACUACUACUACUAGAACUCCCAAAGGCUAUUGCUUGUAAUACUGCGAGUAAUGAUACCGGCGCAUCUGCAGUAGGUGGGCCAGCUCAUGAAAUGUCAACUCAAAUUCCGAAAUGCGUUUCCGUUUCAAAAAGAUUAAUUAAGCAGGGUUAUACAAUUAAUCUGCCUGUAGUAUAAUUCUAUAAUUAUUCCGUUACCUCAGAAUGCCAGCUUUCGAACGAACUUCUUUCCGACUGCAUGCAAAAACUAUACUCUGUAAAAAAUGACUGCUUAAGUAGCAUGCAUUUUUCUCAUUGAUUUUCGAUGCCCCUAAAAGUUCAAUUAUAGUUCAUGGAAAACAUGCAUAAAAGUAUUCCUUCUUUUGCUCAUUCGGUAGAAAAUCACGUCUUCUUUCAAUUUUAUAUUCGAAGGAGGGACAUAAUUCCGUUUUAAAAAAGUUUCUAAUUGUGAGACUAUUAAAUACCGUGAAAUGGCCGUUCAUAAAACGUUAUGUCUCUGUAUUUACCGAUGUGGCUUGUAAAGUUUACAAUAUGGAUCAAGUCCAGUGCUAAAUUUUAUGAACCCCAUACGGUCUCCUCUUAAUACCGUAGAAAAAUGUGUGGUUUUCCGUACGCGGAAAAUACAUGGCUUGUAGUCUGAAAACCCUGAAUGUAAGUGUGACGGCAGAGCGGGUUCAAAAUUAUUCGGGAAUUGGAAACGUUUUUAAAAACCAAAUAAUACCCUUCCUCCGAGUAUAAACUUGAAAGAAAACGUAAUUUUCUACCGAAUGAAUGGAAGAAUGAAUAUUUUUUAUGCAUGUUUUCCAUGAACUAUAGUUAGACUUUUAGAGGUAUCUAAAAUCAGUGAAAAAAAUGCAUGCUACUUAAGUAGUAUUUUUUACAGAGUAUAGUUUUUGCAUGCAGUCGGAACGAAGUUCGUUCAAAAGCCGGCAUCCUGAGGUAAUUGAUUAUAGACUUAUACUGCAGACUAAUUAGUUUUACAAACCUACUUAAUUAAUCUUUUCGAAACGAAAACGCAUUUCGGAAUUUCAGCUGACAUUUCAUGAGUUAGACCGCCUACUGUACUACUAACACGACAACCACUAAGACUGCUGCAAUGACUAGUAGUACAGCGGAAAACAGCAGUACUGCAUAAACUGGUACUCUUACAAUAGUACUGUCACUUCUAAUAACACAAAUGUUACGACUACCGUACUUAUAGUCGAUCUUUCUAUGUAUACGGCGGAUAAGACCGGGAAAUAAUUACAAUUCGUCUACGCCGACAUAUACUACGGGAAAUUCCCUGUAUUGUGAUUAGUAGUUGGAGUAUUGCAUAAGCCAGUAUGCCUAUUUUGCCUGUUAUUACUGGCAAAGUUACUGCCUUCACUAAUGCAAACCUAAGUACAACUCUGCUGCCCGAAUCAUUCACGCACUGUCUGAAUUACUACCGCAAUCUAUGCUGUGAGCGUCAAUGACCGUAGUACGACUACUAGUGGGACAACAACUUUACGGAUGGCACUGCUGCUUCCAUAAAGGUCUUGUCACGAUUGUAGCACCUACUACUUUAAUUUUUAGUGUUACUAUUACUACUACUACUACUACUACUACUACUACUACUGCUACUAUUACUACUAGUGCUACCAUUACCACCACUAAGGUUGCUACGGCUACUAAUAAUAGCACUACUGUUAUUACCACCACGUCUGCCACCACUACGGCUACCACAGUAAUAGCAAAUACUCCUACCAUUAUUUCUGCAGUUACUAAUGAAGGCUAGAAGAUACGUAGUAGAACUACUACUACUUCGGCUUCGAGACAUACGGUGGACCUCACCGAAAUAGAUGGUCGACCUGUUCUAUUUCAAAUGAAUGUUCGUGCGGUUGUCGCGAGUCAUCUCACAUUUAUCGAUUUUUUAGCCGAAAUACUCCUAUUCUUAAGACGAAAAAUUCAAAAAACGAAAUUUCGUGUGGAUUGCGUAUAUCGAGUAAAUGUUUUGAAUACCGGCACUUUCUAACGUUCUUGAGGUUAUAUAGUCCUUGAGAGGUAAUAAAAACUACAGCGCAUGCGCUGGUAGAUGGCUGGAAAGAAGCUUAUACAAAAACCCGCAAGCUAACAUGUAGGACUAAGAUUUGGAAUUAUUGUUCGAGAGGAUCGGCCUUGUAACCGCGUUCAAGGACUCUUUUCAAACAGAAAAGAUACCGAAAAUUUUGGUCAACGAUUCACGAGUUUCGACGCACAGUGAGCAAGCUUAAGCUUGCACACUGAUGGAUGCAAGCAAGCUGGGUAGUAAUUACUACCCAGAUUGCUUGCAUCCAUCUUAAUUUUCCCUCGAAUCCCAAAUUCUUUUCACGCACUAUCGUGUUGGGUGCUAGGAACUGGGGCAAUGAAAAAAAUGUGAGCGGUUUCUCUACCUGAGUGCUGAUAUGCGAGAAGCAAGUGAACCGCCAGUUUUCCCAUUUUGUGACUGAACCGCUUGCUGAAGUAGGCAAGAACAGCAGGAUUUAUUGGCACCUCUUAUGAAGCGACAGGAAGCAGCUGAAGAGCAGUCGCGAAAUUUUUUGGUGCCAAUAAAUCCUGCUGUUCUUGCCUACUUCAGCUUCGUACCGGGGACAAAAUGCUUCAAAUUUUGAACCGCUUGCAACCUGAACUUUGGCAGCUUAAUUCGUGAGUUGAAAAUUGGAUUUUUUUCAUUCUUUAUAACCAGCAACACCUCUGCGGUCAAAAUAUUCACCUGCGCCAACUGUAUACAGUUCGUACUUGUCAAACGUCCGCAGUCUUUUUGCAUGCAACAUCCACCUUCUUAACUUACCAAGCUAACCCGACUAAUAUUCAGUCUUUUUCCAUUAAUUCUGGCCAUUUCGUCCAGACUUCUGCGGAUUUACAAUACAGCUCCAAAUUAAAAAUAAAAAGUGAGAUAUAUUCACUACUCGACAGUCGGUUAGUCUAAAUGUUAAUUGGCAGUCAGCUAAUUUGCAUAGUAAGCCUCCUGCCAUAGCAAAUAUAUGGCCCCUUAUGACCGAAGUGUUGGUGCAUGAGUGAACAAAUUCGUCCCACCGAAUAUCUGUAUUGAGACCCAGAGCUCGUUGCCUGGCAACCAUCACGCCAAGGUGACACGGUCUUUUAUCUAGACUUGCACACCAGAAAUCUCAGGUGUGGAUUCAAAAGCACUUUCACACAGCCCACGCAGGUCAGUGUGUUUAGUUAUGAGGGGCCUUUAAUGCUUAAUCAUCCCAGCCUUUCAUACUGGCUAACCUCAGGCAUUUACAUGCAUUCCUAAUUAUCUGCCGGAGUUGUUGUCCAUCUGACGAUCUUUUUAUACAGUCCCGUACUCAAAGCCUUUAUAUCUGCACUUUGUGGAUUUUAGGUAGAAAACCACUACUUAGCCAGCUGUACAGCCAAAUUUACGGUUGACACGAUAAGUUUAAAAUUUGUAUUCUCGACAAGCUGAUAUGCCUACAUUUAAAGUACCGAAACAUUUAAGUGAUGGGCGAAUAGAAUGCCAGACCACGCAGUUUCCCAACUAGCAUCACGGCAAUUAAAAGUAUGACACAUCCUUCAUGAGUUCAAAGUUUUGACAGCAGAACAGAAAAAAAUGGGCAGCCAGCCUUGUCGAGUAGGCGUCGGUUUCCAUAGUUUUAAUGUUCAGUGAUCACGUGGUAAAAUACGUUUGACGUUUAAGGGACAGUAGGAACUUCCACAACAGCAAUGAAUCCUCAUAAAUUUGGGGUAAUUUGUGGCUACCGGAAGUUAGUGGGGAAAAUGGCGUGGGUUUUAAAACACCCAUGUACUUGCCUAUCAGGAUCUUCAGCAUCCAGUAUGGACUAGUUAGGUUUGAUAAAUUCACUUUGCAAGCACAUUUCGUCUAAACCAUGCCUCUUUCUCCUCUGGCGGAAUUAGUGCGGUAGUAAUUGGUCUUUUAACUGGAAACUCCAUUCGAUUGUCACGUACAUAAAAAGGAUUUGUCCUUCCUAACGCUUAGCAGUCCGUUUUCGGGGGAGCUUAAAGUCCCAAUGAUUUUAAUUGCAGACGAGUGUUUAAUUUUUAAAAUGGAGGUACGAGACAGGACCGGAAAAAGUGGAAUCUCGAGAAGACGGGACUUAUAUGUUAGUCUGCUUGUAGGCUACUUGACCCAUACAAGGUCUGCGGAUGGUUGACCGGGCUAAGUUAGAGCCAACGAGAUUAAAGUGCGCCCGUCAACGUGACGACUGAGUACACCCUAAGCCUGCUGGUGCCAUACAUUCAGUCCUGGUAGAACACAGAUCUAGCCGAUCAGUGGAUUGCAAAAAGGUCAUAACUCAAAGCGGAUAUUAUCGCGCACGAAUACUGUCCGUCAUCUAUUGAGGUUUCGCCCAUCGUCGUCUCCUUACGGAUCUGAGUUCCUCCCGUACAUCGGGCGGGGCAGAGCACCCCGCCUGUCCUGUGGCCUCCGCAGGAACCAAUGAGUCUGCACCUCCACCAAUGGGUUGGACGUCAGGUAUGGGGACUAAGAUUGUUCACAAAAGAGAGGAAAACCCUGUUGCCAGGUGUAAGCUAUGCAUUCUCAAAAAACAAAGCACACAAGAAUCGGCGCUGUGGACCCUCCUCCUGAUUAGGGCGUCAGCCGCAAUUCCUAGCUGUCUGAAGCCUGGAUGUCUGAAUCAGGCACGAAAGCUGUCGGUGUCAGCAUGUGAAACUACGGUUAUUUGACCAUCGCAAGUGACGAUGACCACCACUGGCCCACGAUGUGCAUGCAUCCGAGUGAAUGUGUUUGUCCGGUAGACAAUUUAGAAAGUAUAAGUAUACUUUCGAUAAAUUCUCGCCCGGCCACUAUAUUUACAAGACAAGAGGAUACAUAAUGGACAUGUGUGAUAAGACAGAUCUACUACAGUUGAUCUUUUCAUACAAGUGUGGUUUGGAAAUAGGGAAAGGGGGAAGAAAAUGAGAGGUAGUUAAUUAAGAGGCGGUAAAGGUUAGUGGCAUGUAUGCCAAAUAAAAGACUGUCUGGAGUCAGGACGUUUGCUGAGCACGGGUGACAGCACAAGUGGGGAGUCUUCGGAGACACAGCGGGGUAUAUGCCGUGGCGGAAAUGUCAUAGGCUGAAGGGUGAUCAGUCAGCACGAAGGAGGUCUGAACGUGCGUCCAUAACGUACUAUUUAAACGGCACGGGUAGUAUACAGUACAGUUAGUUAGAGCGGUUUCAGGGGAAGGGGGGAGGAUGCGGAGAUGUGCAUGCAUUUCAUCGACCUUUGGCCAUGGCCGACGCGGAGCUUUCACUAGGUUCUUCUGCGCGAACAAGACCGAAUUCUGUAACCUGGGAUCAGUCGCUCCUGUUACCCUUGGCAGAAGCUGGCUCACUGGCAUAGAGUAGUUCAGUGAGACCUUGUGAAUCAAACGAAAGGUUUCGCUGGCGUCCGCACGAUGCCCGAAAUCAGAAAUGUGCGUCCUUAAUUUCAGUUCUUCUAAACCAUGCCGGGAGGCGUUCCUACGAUCUUUUGGAUAGGCGCCGACUCGUGAAGCCAAUAUGACUUGCUCCAUGGAGGGAAUCUGAGCUGAAAACUUAUACUUACGUUCUCCGCGUAAAGCAGGGUCGGUCAAGAAUAGUAUCCGAACUCUUCUGGCAGACGCUCCUUCGAACGUUACCGUCAGCUCUUCUGGUUAGAAGGACGUAUAAGAAAGGAAACGAACCUGCCGUUUCCACAUCUAAUAUAAAUUUGACCGAUGAAUGUAUCUGAUCUACAACAUCUUAAAGAGCAGCUAUAUUGGUUUCUGCGGUCCCACGCUAUUAAUCAGCCCCUUAAGUUUAAAUAACUCCAACUUGCCCGUGAGGACACCAGCUAAAAGGGGACCAAGUGGCGAGCCCAAAGGAAGGUUAUCUAUUUGUCUACAUAGUUGGCUGUCAAAAAUGAACUGCAUCUUUAGUGCGCAUCCUAGUAAUAGUUCCUUGAGUGCGUUUAUCGAUAUACGUAUUGUCUACCGAUCUGCAGAUAGGUAUUUUCAGAUGUAAUCUACUGCCACUGGGACCGGGACGUUCGUGAAGAGCGAUGAGACGUCUAACGAAAAACCAGCAUUCCGUUUAGGUUCAGGUGUUUAAAGUCGUCGAUAAAUUCUGAGAUAUGCCGAUAGCUAGAUGAUGCUAGUUGAAUCUGUACGGGCCUGAGUUCCACUGCCGAUCACUUCGAAGAGGUACGCAUGACGAAAAUCGGACGAAGUGGCGGACCGUCAUAAAGGAUCUUCGGUAGACCAUACAAUCGAUAGAUAUAUGUACCGACCGAGUCGUAUGUGUUCGGGAGCACGGUUUAUCGUGGCAAAGCAGACUUACGUCACAUCCACAUCUUUCCUUCUCUGUCCUGACGUGAAUUCAGCAUCCACUGCAUGCCACGAACGGUUUCGUGCCUCACAGAAGUGAAGGCUAUCACUAAGGUCACGUUAAGAAGAGGUCACUACGACCGAACUUUCGUUUGAAAAGAGGGUUGAGAUGCCUUGUCAGCUGGCGGCCCUGCAAGCCAUGAAUUUAAGCCCGUUGUGAUAGGUUAGAGCGCGUAAGAUCCAGUAUGGACUUCAGUCUCUCUUCCCCUUCCCUGCACCAAUUACCGGUCCGAGCUAUUCAGCCGACAGGUGAUGAGAUUGCGCACGGCGACCGACACGGUCAGCAAGAAAAAGGUUCCCAAAGCAGAAGUCUGGGCAUACGGAUUGGUUUGAAUAACCUUUACUACUGAGACAUUGCAUAUACAAGGCUCUGGAAGCAGUCGCCGCAGGCGGCCUCUCGAUGCAAAUUGUUUUUUUUGUCUGUGUUCGGCGCCGAGGCUAUUAACCGCAGAAAGAUUGGAGAGCCGGUUGAAGAAGUUGGCAGUCGGACGAGAGAACACGCUCCGCGCGGUGAGAACAUGGGAGGCGUAACAGCGCCUUGAGCGAGAGCACACCCGAGCCGACCUUGAAGAUGAUUCGUUGGUUUGGACAUCCCUGAUUGGCCUAAAACCGGACUGCCACUGGCGCGCACAUGAAAUUACUCGCAGCGUUAGAACAGGCGCCCGGACUAAGGUCAUUAAACAGUUGUUGUUACGUUGUCAUCACCUUUCAGGAUUGACAAUGGAAAAGGUGUGUUCUACAGCAGAGUUCUGUUGUCUAUUGAUUCCAGGGACAUGAGAUCUUCUUGGGGACUGGAACACGCAGACAACUAAAGCUGACGCAAGUUACCCGCCAUUUUUUUAGAAAGACCACUGGAGGUAAUUAAUGCGAUAAUGCCGAUGACUGUUGUAACGCCAGUAACGGUAAGUUGGUUAUGGCUUAUGCUGAGUCCACGUACCCAGAUGAACGUUCAAGUUGCCGGAUUACUAAACAGACUGACCUCAUUUUGGUGGCCAGAUGCCUGGUAGCUGCUGUUGUCGGCUGUUGCCUAAUUCAUGCAGCCAUUAUGGGCAUCGAACGCAGCUCAGACCCCGCACUUGUGCGAGCGAGACUAGGCUUGCGUCUCAAGUCGUUUGUAAUUUGCCUCUCACGCUAAAUAUUCGGUCUCGGCAAGCUUCGUUAAAGGGAAUCAUCCAGUCGCCAUCACUAAAAUGUCUCCAGACGCCUUUCUCUUCUUGAAAUCCACACAAUUCAGUUGUCCUGCGUGAAUGAGUAAUGGGUCCCAUUUCGGAGUGGCUUACGCACCUGAGCCACAGAGGACACAUACCCAAGGACUGGAUAUCGCUCAACACCAUUCAUUUGGUGCUUGGUGUGUGUGGCAAAGGCGGAUCACAGAAGACCAAAAUUUGCGAACGCUGCGUCGUCAGGCUCCAUGGGCAAUGAGGUCCAGAUUAAACCGGUACUGGCAGGAUAUGAUGUCGGAUUUGGGACGAUUAUCAACCAUUGUUGACUGUCCAAAGAGCUAUGCACGUUUCAAUUUUGAGGUCAGUCAGAGGCUGCAGUCAGUUGUCGUGGUUGUGACGCGGCCGUUUGCCUAUGCCACCUGCAGGUCAUCGUACGCCCUCCGUCAGCAGGUUGCUUGCGCCUAGCGUGUUCUGGGCCUGGCGUGGCGACAGCUCGACGCUAGUCGAUGAUGCGGCUCCCUUAGCUGAUUGAUUGCAGACGGACAAAACCCAGGCGUACACCUGCGCCUCGCACCCUGGCUACCGACCUCAGUGGCUGGCACUCUGCUUGAUAGAGCGAUUGUUGUUACUUGUCUGACCGAUCUCAUGAAAUGCUGCCUGAAAUUCUGAAAUGCGUUUCCUGCUAGGAAGGAUUACUUAGGCGGGGUUGUAAUACCGAUUAUCUUGCUACAGAAUCCUAUUAUAUAUCGGGUUUGGCAAGAUGCCAGCCUUUGAAUGCCUUGCUUUUUAAUCUCCUGUAGAAACCUUUUUGGCAAAAAAUGACUACUUACGUAGCGUGCAUUUUUGGAUUGAUUUUUGAUGGUCUUGUAAAUUCAAAUAUAUUUCAUAGAAAACAUGGACAAAAAUAUGCUUUCUUUCACUCGUUUGAUGGAGAAUCAAGCCGUCUUUAUAUUUUGUGCUCGAAAAGGAAGAAUAAUUAGGUUUUUAAAAAGUUUUCGAAGUCCCAAAUAAUUUGGAACCUGAUCAGUCGUUGCAAUAGCGCUUAGCGAUUUAAGUCCACAAGCUGCAGGCGUUCCGUGUAAGGAAAAUAACAUGUUUUUCUAUGCUUUUAAAAAGAUGCCAUAUAGAAUCCAUGAAAUUUCCAAUGGAUGCGGACAGUAUUGUAUAUUUCAUGAGAAGCAGUGGUAAACGUACAGUUACGAUGCUGUAUGAAUGGACAUUGCGCGAUCUUAAAAAAUCCCAUAAUUGAAAACUUUUUUAAAACCUAAUUAUACUACUUUUUCGAGUACAAAAUAUAAAGACGGCUUGAUUCUCCAUCAAACGAGUGAAAGAAAGCAUAUUUUUGUCCAUGUUUUCUAUGAAAUAUAUUUGAAUUUACAAGACCAUCAAAAAUCAAUGCAAAAAUGCACGCAACGUAGGUAGUCAUUUUUUGCCAAAAAAGCUUUCUACAGGAGAUUAAAAAGCAAUGCAUUCCAAGGCUGACAUCUUGCCAAACCCGAAAUAUAAUAGGAUUCUGUAGCAAUAUAGUCAGUAUUACAACCCCGCCUAAGUAAUCCUUCCUAACAGGAAACGCAUUUCAGAAUUUCAGGCAACAUUUCAUGAGAUCGAUACUCACUGUAGGCGGCAGUACAUGUUAUAAUUAAAAACUCAGACACGUGUUUCUGCAAUAUUCUGUCGCUUUAUGAUAUACCUGCGAGGAGUUCGACUCAUCAGUUAGUCACCUCACCUGCUGAAGCUGAUGGAUUUCGGUCUAUAUAUACAUAUUUACAUCAACUUCCAGAGCGAUCCUCUAAAAAUUGAUUUUGAAAUAUUAACUUCAGACUUGCGCAUUAAUUUCUGAGGAGAUUAAAAUGCUACAAUUGCUGCCACGGCCCCUUGCCGCAGUAAAGAUCGUCCAACUUGCUAAUGCUAAAUGCUCUCCUACUUGAGAACUCCCUUAAGAAACUCAGAUACAUUUGUCGCUUCUCACAAGUUUGGUUUACAGAACCAAUGUAGUACUCGGGGGAUCCUCAUUUCACAGAAUUAUCCCCAUCGGCGGUACAGGGCUGAAGACAGCUUGCUGUUUUGUCUACUUGUAUUCGUCUGUAGUAACAGGUGUUAGGGAGAGAUCACCAAGUAAAUAAAAUUUGGACGAUGUGUUCUGUUCUGAUGUGUUCUGUUGACUCUGGUCUCCUCAUGGUCUCUCCUCAAGGCUGCACAAAAACCGAGGGUUUGAGUAGAUAAAGUUACGGUAAAAUAUGUCUUGAGCUAUGACCGCAGAACCCGAAUCUCACAUGCUGGCAGACUAGGGGAGGCUGGACAGUUCGAUAACUCCAAAAACAUUGCAGCCUCGGCUUGCGGACCACAGUUGGAAUGUGAGAAUUUACAAAUAGUCGAGGACAACCGAUGGUGAUUUCGUAGACGGCCGUCCCUCAAAUGGUACUGUCCAUCUGUCCGAAAUGGAGCUAAUUAUCUACUUCAUCUCUCGUAAUCCCUAUCCGAACUUAUUUCAGUGCUAUCAUGGCCGACCGAUAAAGUUGGCAGGUGUGCUUACUCAGUCCUGUUUUGACAUGCGUACGUAGCAGCUGGACUUGUGGUCACGCCAUGGACACCACAAUCAUCAGUCCAACGACCUCCCCGCUCUUGCAGGAGGAAGGAGACCCAGAGGAAUUCGUUGUGCACAAAACCCGAAGUUACUGCCUCUGGAAACAUUGGCCACGCUUAAGAGAGGGAGUGGGAGAGAGUCAGUAGUGUCGGCUGCACUUAUGCGUGCGUCGGAGCUAGGUCUCGACCUCGGUCUUAUUUUACCCAUUAUUUGAUAAACUGCCAUUACUAUUGGGACGCAGAACAGGUCGUAUCUCCUGCUUUCUCGGAAGUCUUAUUGCGGCAGGCUAGGCUGAAAGUGAAAGACCCUGGCUUCCACGACCUUCAGGCUUGGUACCGAAUGGAAAGAGAAGGCGGUCGCCAGUGAAGAGAAUCGUAUACUCUGUACAGAAUAACUGGGGUAGUUGACAGCCGGACGUGGGCACAUUCAGCGCCGGGUGAGCGGCGUCCCAAGUCUGCGAGGGAAUGCAUCACAGCGUCUUAAGCCAGGACACGUCGGACUCCUAGCUUUUUAACUUCCUUGGAAAUUAACUGCGAACUUGGAGUAGAUCAGUAUAUUUAAGGUCUAUAGGCUCAGACCUCAGUUUUUGUGUAUGAAUAUUUGGACCGAAAUCCAUCAACCACAGUGGAUAACCGCGUAAUAUUCAUUAACUGCCUACAGGCAGCAAGUAGUAUACUUUAGGGUGAGCACAGGUACUAGCCAAAAACCCCAUACACGCGUGUUUCGCCGAUAUCCUGCUGCUGCAUGACACAGCUGCGAGGGGUUCGGCUCGUCAGUGGGUCCCCCAGCAUCCCCUGUCUGCUUUAUGGGAGAUACUCCAAGUUAGAAACUGUAGCUUUUUAAUUGCCUUCGAACUUAACUGCGAACUUGGAGUAGAUCCGUAUAUUUAAGGUCUUGAAUCUGAUUGGCCAGUUGGAAAGCCGAGUGGGCGAAUGCCAGACAGGCCUGGUGCGCAGGUGCAGACACUCGCGAGAGGCCCAGCGUUGCGGAGUAGGGCCACUACAGCCUACUCAAUAGAUGAUUAGUCAGUAAUAGGCCUUUUGGUAGGCUAAGAUUAAUCUACUUGGACCCAGCCAUGGAAAAUUCGGCGCAUCGGUGGGAAUCGAACCCACGACAGCAAGGGGAGGCUUAAGCACAGCCAGCGCUCUAGCCACCUGAACUAUGAGAUCCCACAAAGAGACGUGAGUUGUAAUCCCAUCUUCCCGACGGAAGGUCCUGGUCUUGCCUCUUAAUUAUUUUGAGGAAAGCUUACUUUACAAGGUCAUGGCUUUUGAAGGUCCUAUUAAAAUUGGUACACACAAUAUUCAAAUCAAAAUAAACAUGAGCAGAUCAGUUAUGGCACUUUUUCAUUUCCUUCAUCUAAUUUCGUGUAAUGCACGCAGUAGUUUACAUUCUGAAUCAGGUUUUUAUUUUUAAUAGAUCCCUCAGUUUCAGUACAUAUUUGCCACAACAAUUCCACACGCCCUUACAGCAUUUAUUUCCCGUUUAUUCCUAUUUUCUCAGCCAUGUACGACCCUUCCAUGCCACUGAAACGAAUUCAGAAGAAACAGUAGAUAUGACGACAAAAGGCAUGGUCGAGGUGUCAAAACCAGACUUCAGUAAUACAGUAUAUUUCAAAAGCAGCCAAAAAGCAUUAAGGCGGCAUAUCGCUCCCCGUGUCUUUCAAAGUGACCCUUUAUCGUUCUCAGGUCAGAUCUUAUUGGUUUCUUACUGAAUAGUAUGGAGGCUUAUAAGUAAACACUUUUGUUUGGUAAAUAAUUCCCUCUGUAGCCUUACUAAUAUGGUUCGUUGUUUAAAUCAGUUUCAUAUUGACCCAACUGUGAAAAACUCGGCGUCUCGUUGGGAUUCGAACCCACGAUAGUAAGGGGAAGGCUUUAGUGCAGCCAACGCUAUAACCACCUGAGAUAGGAGGCCCCGCCGGACGACGCGAAUUUAAUCACAUUUUGGGUCGAGUUACCCGCCCAACCUACUGCAACGUCUGGAAUCCAUCAAACCUGACACAGUGGCUCAGGUGGCUAGUGCGUUGGCAGUACUAAAGCCCUCCCUUGCUGUCGUGGGUCCGAAUCCCACCAAGGUCGCCGAAUAUCCCACACUUGGGUCAAAAUAAAAAGUGACUUGUCGUCGCUGUACGGACAAAUGUGAGGGUUUGGUGGCAAAGUGGAUCAGUCCGCGCUCCACCGUGCAAACAAAAUUGACCGAUGAAAACUACUUUACUGUUACUUAAGUUUUCCAAUCGCAGUCGACGGGCUGGCAUGUCCGGGACCCGUUUGACUUAGUGCUCGUUGAAUAAUCGGUCCGGGCUCAGGUCUCCGCUUCUGCAGACGUGACAUUCGACAGAAGUUGGCUGACGAUACCGAUGACGACAGGUAAACCAGAAAUGGUACCUCCUAGCCCCUAUCGCCUUGUCAGCGACUCUUGGUCGAUUGGAUGCGGCGCUCGAUGGACAGGACACACAUGAGUGAAUAUUAUCAUUAAGUAGGCGCAGCUGCGUCCCUAAUUCAUACUUUCGUGCAUGGAGAGUUAUGCAUGUUAAGUAAUGAAGGAAAUUCCUCCUACUUUCUAGCCCGCUUGGAAGAGAAUGUGAGUUGGUUACACUUUAUCAACUGGAAGUGGUCUGAAAACUGAGACACGGCAGUGCAAGCUAACUUGAAAAUUUCUGCCCAACGGGAAAGACCACUCCAUUGGUCUUAAAUUUCCUGGUUAUUUUUUCAGCCCUCCGUCGCUUCCUGGCGGGCUAGAAUACAUGUCGGCGUCCUGACCGGGUGUUUCAGGGGGCAUUCUAUAUCAGAGAACCGGUCCUCAAUUUUGCCAGAAUUGGUUAAUUUUGGUAUUUUUAACACCUUCGUUUCCAUUACUGCCAGGAAGGACUUCAUUUACGAAAUGCAGACGGACCAGCAAACAGACCCAGAGAGUAGGAUUUUUACUCACUCUACGGACAAUCCGAAAACAAAAUCGGAGGUGUACUUGGAGAAGCACCGCAUCAUUUCGCUCUUUAAGGUAGUGUAUAUGAAAAAUGUAAACGUCACCCUUUGUUAGGAAUUUAUUGCUGGAAUGAUUGUUGAGCAACCGGCCGACCCGAUUGGCUAUAUGAUUAAGAAGAUCGACAGAAUGCCCAAAUCUUCCAGUCCCUUGAGUUCUGAUUAG